GGGAACGAGGGCGGGUGCGCGCUGCCCCACGUGGGUCUGUUCAUGGCCGUGCUGUCUUCGCUCUUCUUCUCGCUCUGCUCGCUCAUCGUCAAGGUGCUGGCCGACGUGAGUCCCAUGGAGCUGGCCGUUUUCCGCUUCGUGGGGAUUUUGUUGCCGACGCUUCCGCUGCUCAUACGCCGAGGAGACCCGCCCUUCCCUCGCGGCCGCCGCCUGAUGCUUAUGCUUCGAGGCCUCGUGGGAGCUACGUCGCUGAUGCUUCAGUUCUACGCCUUCAGGCACAUGCCUCUCGCCGAUGCGUCCGUCAUUGUGUUCAGCGUGCCAGUGUUCGUGGCAGUGUUCGCGCGAGUGUUCCUCGGGGAGCCUUGUGGACUGUUUCAUGGCGUGGUCAUUCUGCUUACCCUCGCCGGUGUCAUUCUCAUUGCUCGGCCGCCGCUACUCUUUGGUUCGCUCUCGGAUGCUUACACGACGGAGAACUGGUGGGGCGCGGCGGCUGCCAUAAGUGGCACGGUGGUAGCCGCCAACGUCUACGUCAUACUGCGAGUACUGAAGGGCCUGCACUUUUCUGUGAUUAUGACCAACUUCGCUCUGGUGGCGCUAGUCCUCACGCCCCUCGUGUCGUGGUUCAGCGGCGACGGGUGCGUGCCGCGCUGCGGGAACGAGCGCUAUCUCAUCCUCGCCAUCGGGAUUUUCAGCUUCGGAGGUCAGAUCCUGCUGACGAAGGCGCUGCAGUUGGAGCAGGCCGGCCCGGUGUCCAUCGCACGGACGGCCGAUGUUGUCUUUGCGUUUAUAUGGCAAGCGAUCUUUUUCCAGGAAUUCCCGGACUCACUGAGUCUCAUGGGAGCCUUGCUGGUGACAUCCUGCGUGUUUCUGACAGGACUGAGGAAGUGGGUCAUCUCCCUUCCUGAGACAUCGAGUGCUCGGCGGAGACUGCGGUGUCUCAUGUGCUGACUCUGGCCCUCCAGAAGCUGUGAGUGGAGCAGCCCCACAAGCUGCCUUGGCCAAGACUGCGUGGCCUUCCACACUGGUAUGGCUGAGACACUGUGCGGUAUUACAGACUGGUAUGAUUGAAAUUGUGUGGCUCUUUAGUACAGAUUGGUAUGGCUGAGACCAUAUAUUGCUAAGAAGGGAAUUUGUGAGACUGUGUCCCUUUAUGUAUAGAGUGGCAUGACUGAGAUUGUGUGGCCCUACAGUCUGUCAUGGCUCAGACUGUGUAGAUCUACAGACUGGCACUGAAAGCUUUGUGGCCCCAGUCUGCCAUGGUUGAGACUGUGUAGCUGUACAGAUUGGCUUUGUGGAGCCAGUGCAGCCUAAAAGACUGCCAUGGUUGAGACUGUAGUUCUACAGACAGACACCACUGAGGUUAUGUGGUCCAGUGGAUUGCCAUGGAUGAAACCGUGUGGCCCUCCAGUUUUGAUUGUUAAGGUUUUUUGACAUUGGCAAUUCUUAAAACUUUAAAUCUUACUUGGGGUUUUCUUCUAUUGUGAGGAGUAUGACCUGCUUCUCAGGUCAUACUCCUCAGGACAUGAAUAGUUUACAGUAGGUAAGAAAGUUGGUAAUAAUUCUCUUUUUACAAAGAAAUUACAUAAAUUUCUUGAACAGGUAUUGCCUAACCCAUAUGAAAUGCAAGGGACAAAUUAAAUGAGAAAAGGAAUACAUAUCUGCAAUCAUAGCAGAAAAAAAAUUCAAAUAUAUCAAACCAACAAAAAUAAUACUAAAUUUUAAUGAGUAUGGGUUGAUAUUUACCUGUGAACAUUAUAACUACUAGUUUCACCUUAGUCUUACCAUGAUGACAUGUCCCUAUGGGCCUGUGUCGUAAACUCUGUUGAUUGCAGUACAGGCGUAGCUUUGCAGCACUGGACCUUGAAGGUUUAUCCUUAUUAAGGACUUAUUUAACAGUAGCACUUUUAAUUUUGCCCCUUUUUCACCAGUGUUUAAAAGACUCCAGAUUAUCAUGAGUAUUUUUUUUUACAUUUUAUUUUAUUUCUUGUGUGUAUACUCAAUUUUUUCAACAGCCUUCUGACAAGCACAAUAAACUUUUCUUAUUUUUUUUGGAUUGAGGAAUUAUCCACUGUUUCAUAUAUUACUUAUAGUAUGAUUAUCAUUUCCCAACUCUGUUUUCAUGUGAAUAUCUUUCACGUCUUUCAACCAGCUACAACUUUCUACCUCAUUUCUCUUUGUGAAUAAAUAAAUCAAGUAAACAAGCACAUAUGCAUGCAUGCACACAGACAUACACACACAUACUGGUAACAUGCACACAUGUAACAUAUAUCUCUCUCUCUCUC